AGGUACACCAGCCAUUUACUUAGCUUCAGUUCUACCUCCUACCUAGUAUACUAGUGAGCCUCUUAGAUGAACCUUAGGCAUGUAUUAUAAGUAGCUUGUGUUAUGUACCAUCUACUAAAUGGGUCCUAGAUUUAGUAGCUUACCUUGUCUAUGCCUUCUCAUGGUAACUGUUGUUGUUAGCAGCCUCACCCUGUGUAGGUGUUGCAGGAGUGUACCUUGGCUGAUGAAGACCUAGCAUCUCUUAAAGCUGCUGAAGACUCCAUUUGCCUGUGGUUCAUUUCAAGGGAAUGCUGGCUGCCUGGGCACUGCUUCUUAAAAAAUAGAUAACAAAAAAAGUGUUAUAAAACCACUGAAAGGAAGACCUCUGUGAGGCUGGCCUCUGAGAGAAACUAAGGAUAAUGUUACCCUCAUCAAACCAAGGGACUCUGAGCUUACAGACGUAUGGAGCUCCCUGAACGCCCUCCUCGAUUUGGGACCGAGUGCUGAGGGAGAACCGAGCCAUUCCGAGAGGCGCUGCCCUUCAGGCCGUCUCUGUCUGGGAGGAACGGACGGCGCCGGGCUCUUCGCUUCAGGACGCGUUUCCCGCCUUGCAGCGGUACCUGAGGAGCGCUGAGGGGCCGCCGCCCGCCCCACCCUCCGCCCGAGCUCCUCCCGCCGCAUCCCCACCUCCCUCCUUCCCGUGUGCCGCCGGAGCCCAGGCGGCGGGCAGCCCCGCCACAGCGCGAUGAGCUCCGAGUGCAGCAGCUACCUCAACGCCGACAGGGUGCUGGUGAGCGGCUUCAGCUGCCCGCGGGUGGGAGGCGAUGCCCGCGCCGUGUACUGCUGCGGCUUCCAGGACGUCAAGUACUGCUGCGAUGACCCCCACAGCUUCUUCCCCUACGAGCACAGCUACAUGUGGUGGCUCAGCAUUGGAGCGCUUGUGGGCCUGUCAAUAGCAGCGGUGGUCCUGUUUGCUUUUAUCAUCACUGUGUGUGUUCUCUGUUAUUUGUUCAUCAGCACAAAGCCACACAGCAAACUGGAUACUGGUUUAAGCCUACAGAUGGCAGAUAGUGAAACUAGAGGGGGAUCUAUAUGUUAAAAAAGUAGAGGUACUGGACGAAUUCUACUAAUGCUGUAAGGAAAAAGAUAUGGAACUGCAUCCUUCACAUAGUGGCUACCAAAACAAGCUGUUGACAGAACCAAGUGGCUUCAAGAGAUAUUUCCUCAGACACAAGGAUAGACUGUGGCCCACAAGAACCUCACCAACUUUUCCAGAGUUUUUUUCCUGGCUGCUGUAAUUGCAGCUGAUUACAAGAUGUCAACCUGAGCUGUGCCAGGAUAUGCAUUUCUGUAUGAUUACUGUACUGGGAAGUAUAUUUUAAUUUGCAUCAGCUACUGCUGCUAAUUAGUUUCAUGCAAAUUGUUGUCCUAUGCUGUGCAAUUUCAGUGAUAUAACAGUUGUCAGGCAGAGCAUAAUUUGGUACACCCUGUUGACCAAGCAUUGUUUGAAAUUUUCUUUGUGUGCCGUCUUAAUGUGAUGUCUUUGCAUUAUUAGUAUGACCUUUAAUCAAGUGUGAUGAUUUGGUUCACAAACAUGUGAAUGCAGUUCCUCAAUAAAAUCUGGCAUUCA